AUGCCUACCUUCAAGCAUGUCACCUUGAACAUACAUACACCUCAGGAGCCCCCUGUUUCAACAGAAAGCUUCUCGUGGGCUAAUACCGCUCACUCGCCGUUGCCGGAAUAUGGGAAUCACCGCCUGCGUAACACAGACAAAAUCACGAGCUACAUUCCAUCUACAACCAACUCACCUUUUGCUAUCUCUAUUACUAUUUUAGAUUCAUAUCAGCCGAAGAACCAAGGUGAUGAGCGGGAGAGUCUUGCUGCCUAUGUUUACUUUGAUGGUCGCCAAAAGGAGGAGACCGCUACACUUCUUCGCCGUGGUGUUGAAACUUGGAUUAGUAGCAGAUGGGUUGAGGUGAAAGAAGGGGAACUUGCAGAAAGGGAGUUCGUUUUCAAGGAAGUCGGCCUCGAGAGCUUUCUGAGCGGCCUAGACCUCUCCAAGUCCGAGAGGGAGAGCAAUGCAAAGAACGGAACUCGCAAGGGAGUGAAUAGGCGUCACAGCAUGCCGGCCAAAAUGAAGGCCAAGACUGAUGAUGAUGAUGAGGAAGAUGCUGAUGUUGGGAAGAAGGAAUCCGUUGGUCAAAUUCGGGUAGACUUGUUCAGGGUUCGCUGUGAGGGUCCGGUUCGCAGGGGUGUUUGGGGUGGUAUGUUUAAGGAUUCUCGUGGCGAUGAAGAUGACGAAUUUGGGGGCGGGGUGGAUGUGAGCCACACUGCUGGGUUGUCGGAUCCGAAGCCCCUCGAUAGGGAGACGGUCUCGACCCAGAGUGUUAGCCACCUUGAUCCCGAGGGUGUGGUUUAUGCUAGUUUCGUUUUCUUCUAUCGCGGAGAGCGCCAGUUGAAGAAGAUGGGACUGAUCAAACCACCCGCACCUACCCGUGCUGAUUCUCUCUCGGCAGCUCCCACUAGCAAAUUCAAGAAGCAGGAUUUCGCAGCAAUGGCUUCUGCUCUUGAGUCUCUUAUCGCCAAGGGUUCUGAGAAGAAUGGAGCUUCCAAGCGCUUUAACGACUUCCGCGACGGCAACCAUGGGGUCACUAAUGGAGAUGACCUGAAACGCAAGAAUGGCAAAAAGAUUCCUGGCUUGGACGGAAGGGAUGACGAUGUUGAGAGCCUCGUGGGAGAUGAGUUGGCUAGAGAUGAGAGAGACAGCCUGCGUGAGAUGAUGAGAAGUGAGGAGGACGUGCGCCUUGAGGAAGAGCUCAUAGGUGGGGUGGAUAGGAUUAAGUUGAAACGUUCGCAUUCCACCUCCUCGCUUCGGGAUUCCGGGUCUAAGGAUAAGGCGACAACUUUUCCCCCAGAUUUUUCGGUAAAUAACAAAGCUAAAACCUUUGCGACCCCCGGUAAGGAUGCAAUCAAGAAGUCUGAGUCUGCCCAUGCCAACGGCCAUGAGCCUGAAACUCCGUUGAAGAAGAGGCGUGGAAGCGGAGAUGUCGAUGUUAAGAGCCCUGCUAGAGGGCUCGGAUUUGGCAUGCAGACUGCUCCGAUGACAGGAUUCGGGGACAAAGUCGAAUUCGGAGGAGUAUUGGCGGGGGGGAUGGAGAUGGAAGAGGAAAUCCUGUGAGGUCCGAUGAUUGGAUGGCAGCGCUGGUAGAACAGUGGUGGCGAGUCUAAUCGAUACCGACAACUAAACGAUUUCUCUUUCUGUUUCUUCCCAAAUACAAAUGGAUGGGCAUUUGUUAUGUUUACCCGUCUCUUUUUUGUUUUUUAGCAAGGGUAGUAUUGGGAGGGUAUCCUGUGUCGAGCCUGCUCAUUUGUUACCUAGGGAAAGGACUUGACAAUCACUGCAAGUUUUCUCGAGAUGGAACCAAAGCUCGGAUCACACAGUUGCGCUGUUGGAAUGCACUUUCGUGUUUUAUGUCCGUUUUUCUUUCUUUCUGACUACCCUUCCUUUUGUCUUUAUCAAACUGGGUCGGGGACAUGGCAGGAGGGAUUUAUAGACUUUUUCUGGCCUUUAUAGCCCCUCAACGCCUUUUCUUUUGUCUUGACUGCACUUUACUUCGCUUCACGUCUUUCCUUUUUGCACGCUUACCCAUUUUUGCCUUUGUUUUCAAUGUACUUUGGAUAUGCUCUGUUGGGUGUAACUUUUGUUCAAUAACUUUUUUUCUCUUCUCUUCACUCCUCCUCGCCUCGCCGGGUCUGCCGUGUGAGGAAGAAGAGGGGGACACAAUAAUUAUUGCAGCAUUUUUUCAUACCAA